AUGAGGUUCGAGGUCAGAACGCUGAAGGAGGCCGUCGACGCGGAGCUCGGGCAGCGCUCCAGGAGCUUCGUCGAGGGCUUCGACCUCGCCUUCCCGUCCUGGACGUCAAGGUCGACGGCGGCAAUGGCUGCGGCGCCGCCCGGAGCGUCGCCUGGCACGCCUCCUAGAAGGACUCGUUCUCCAGGAGGGACGUGGGUGACGAUUGGAGCUACUGCGAAGAGCCGCGCGCUGGAGAGGAACAGUACAUUCCAGCAUGGGCUCACACAGGUGUUCGAGGAUGCCCCUCCAGGCUGGUGGGGCACGGCGUUGCCGCCGGCGGAUUGGCGGGUGGCGAGGCCGCUUGGCCCGCGGCCGACCGCGGGGAUGCAGCUGCGCAACGAGCAGGGGGCGGAGCUCAAUGCGGAGCUCCUCGCCUUGGGGCGCGCGGAGGAGGCGCAGCAGGCGCCCGCAGCGAACAAGGCCAAAAUCAAAGACGAGAAGCGGGACAAGGACAGGCGCAAGAGGGCUCGGGAUGCACCGAGCUCAAGGGCGAGGUCUUGCUCCCGCGCAAAGAAGAAGGUUAAUACAUCCAAGCGGGACAAGAAGGCCCAGAACGAGGGCACGGGCAAACGCUCUCGCAGGUCGCCGUCGGAGUCGGUGGAGAAGUGCUCCCAGUCGGUCAAGCGGGGCGUGCCCAUCGCCCGUAUUUGGAAGUGGAGGUGCGAGAUGUGCAGGUACGUGAACUUCGGGUUCAGGGAGACUUACUGGAGGUGCAGUGCCCCGCCUCCACCCGAGGUCAAGAGGCUCCGGGACCUGCGCGCCGCAGAGCUGAAGGCAGUGGUGACUGGCGAUGGCACCCAGCAGCACUUCAUUGGCAUGCGGCACGGGUCCCAGGUGGUCAGGGUAUUUGACUUCCUUGGCGGCUCCAUGCCUGUCUCUGGCAGCAUCGGCAUGCACGGCAUUAUCAGCAUCAAGGUCAUCGGCCCGCGCGACGAGCAGGUCAAGGACCACAACUUCACACAGGGCAUAGGCUCGGAUGUGGAGUUUUCGGGCGCUGAGAUGGCGGUGGCGCUGGUCUUCGACGUCGGCGAGAAGUCCUACGGCAUCGGCAAGGAUAUGGCGAUCAGCAACGAGAUCGACGAGCUCGUGGCGCUGGGCUGCGACGUCGGCGUGGCGCAGGACGGCAACGGCGAGGAGGUGGAGUUCCACAUCGUGGAAGAGAAGCUCGAGCGAGGGUUCGAGCACGUGGCGCUGGGCUUCAACCCUCGCGAUGUGAAGGACGGCGUCGGCUUCCCGGAGGAUGCGGCGCAGAAGGAGCGCCCGUGCCAGGUCAUCGAAGUCGCCGGCAAGAAGGUGAGGAAGGGGCUCGUGAAGCUUCACACCGGCGUCGGGGACAUCGAGUCUGGCAAGAAGAGUGCGCUGGAGGUCGUGACGGGCGUCGGCGACGAGGACAAGCAGCUGCAGGUUGGCGGCGAGGCCCGAUCGGGGCUGCUUCGGGAGGAGGCCUGCGGAGCCGGCGUGGCGCACUUGUCCGAAGUCUCCGACAUGCAGGAGGCCGUCAAGAUGAUGAAGGACCUGCUCUCCAGGAUCCAUGCGCAUCGGCUGCGGCUGCCACGGAUUGCUUGCUGCACACCACGGCGCAAGGACGGCCAUCCUUCCACCGCCGCUUCGCACGUCGUGGCUGCCAUAGGAUGGUUUCCGAGGAAUUCGAAGGAUCCCCAGGUCGGAGCCGACAUCCCGGUGCCGGAGGGCAGGGCCUCCCUGGUGCUGGAGGCCGUGCGUGCCCACCUGCACCGCGAGAGGCUGCUGAUCUACAGGGCGCCGUUCGCCCCCGGGGCGCAGGUCGAGGCCGGCAUCCUGCGGGUCUGCGCCUUCGUGGACCGCUCCGUGCCGGCGGCGGAGGCGCGGCGGGUGCGCUCAGACAUCUUCGUCGCGGCGGCGCUGGCCGCCGCGCAGGAGGACCCCGAGAUGGUCGAUGCGGCGCUGAGGCGAGCGCAGCUCGCUGAGGCCAACGAGGCCAUCCUGGACGUGGAGGCGGAGGGGAUGAAGGUGAACGAGGCCAAGGCGAAGGCCACCUCCGACGGGAGCCCCUUCACGUCGGCCUGGCAGAAGGCCAUCCUGCCGAAGUCCGGGCGGCCGUUCUGGUGGCGCCUGAAGGCGGACGGUGAGCCCCAGGUCUCCCUGCUGAACCCCGAGCAGUGAGAGACGCCCUUCUGAUCGCAGGGGCGCACGUCGGCCCACCCCGCGGAGGAAGGGGCCCGCGCGCAGGAGCCAGCUUCUGCCACGCGGUGCACUCUGCCGCACGGCGCCCCCUGCCGCAGCCCGCGGUUGUUUUUCAAACCUGCGGGGGUGCUGCCCCGCCUGGUAGGCGGGGCGGACCGCCGCUCCGGGCUCCACGCUGCCGGGGCUCAUCGCUGCCGGGGCUCAGCCAGGACCCUUCUCCUCCUCCACCGCCUCUCCAUCCACCCGCCCAGUCUCGUGCCCUCCAGCCUGGCGCGCGCGCGCCCCGGGCGCGAAGCCGCGCGUGCGAGGAGGCAGCGAGCUGCUCGGCAGCAGAGACCGGCGGCGAGCGAGGGGGGGAAUUGAGAAGGAGAAGG